AUGACAAAGAACUCGAUGGCUCUAAGUGAUACAAAACUGUUAUCUGAUGAACAUCGUCUUUCUGUCAGCGUUUCAUUUGACAGUCCAAGCUUCGCAGAGGUUGCUAUGCGUUCACUUUCCGUGGAUCCUUCUCCUUCAAGAUCUACAGUUAAAGAACAAUUAGAUCAAAAGGGGUCCGACCUCAUCUGUACAUUUUCUGCCCCUAUCACUGUUGGCAAUAGAAACCAGCAGUUACGAAAAUUGCGUAUUGCUGUUAACAGCUGGCUUGAUCAUGUCAUAUUGGUUUCGGAAACAAUCGGUGCCUUUGGGACAGUGAACUCCAGUUUUACAUCUGAGCGAGCUGUUAAUGGCUUUUAA